AUGCUGAAUGUGCUUGGCAUUGUUCGACACGUUUUUUGGAGUGACCACUUAUUUGAUCGGGAUUUAUUGCCCCCCGACGCUGAUUUGGAGAAAUGCCAAACUUCAUUGGCCGAUUUGGCAACAAUGACAGGUAAAGAGCGUAUUGCCAUAUUUGAGGAAUGCGGCAUCCACAGUUCCCUUUAUCCGGCGUUUCUUCGAGCGUUGCAAAGCUUGACGGCAAUUCAUGGAUCCGGGUCAAUCGUCGACAAGUACAUGCUCCAUCAUCAUUUGAGUGCACAUCAUUGGAGUCCUUCUUUGUAUAAUGCACACCUUCUUGGUUAUUCUUUUGUCAACAGUGAAGCGUUUACGACAGAGAAAUCUGAUGGAUUUAUUCCCGUCCCUAAACGAAAGAUGUUUUUAAAUAGUGGGGGUGGUAAGUCAAGGACCAAGUACAAUGGGCUCUUAAACCAGGGAGCGACAUGUUAUUUGAAUUCUCUUUUGCAAGCAUUAUUUCAUAUCUCGGAGUUUCGAUGGACUAUUUAUCAAAUGCCAACUGGCGAGGAAGGAGAAGGAAAAAAUGAUAUGAGUAUCAAACGGAAAAAAUCUAUUCCAUAUGCCCUUCAGAGAUUAUUUUGUCUUCUUCAAAGAGGAAAUGAAGCAGUUGACACCACAGAACUGACUGAAUCUUUUGGAUGGAGUUCUACCGAUGGCUUUAUUCAACACGAUGUUCACGAGAUGACGUACAAGCUAUUAGAUAACUUGGAAGGCAAAUUGAAUCAGGUUCAACAACCUCACGAGGGGGAUUCGUCAUCUACUACAAAGAAGAAUGCCAUUAGUCGAUUAUUUGUUGGAGUUAUGGAGAACUUUGUCUGCGUCGAUGAGGUGGGUUAUCAUGGAUUGAGGGAGGAAUUAUUUUACGAUAUUCCGCUAGUCGUCAAAGACACAACUGAUAUCUACACAAGCUUUGAGAGAUUGUUUCAGGUUGAGGUACUGGAUGGGAAAAACAAAUAUUGCUUGGAAAAUAAUGGGACAAAGUCUUACCAUCGAGCAGAAAAAGGGGUGCGUUUAAAGCGUACCCCACCUAUUUUGCUUCUGCAUUUGGCAAGAUUUGAUUACGAUGUAGAAAGAGGAGAAACCAAAGUCUUGAGUCGUUGGGAUUACUAUAACAACUUGGAUUUAUCGAGAUAUAUGCCCCAUGCAUCAGCGGAGGAUACAAAUUAUACACUUUGCAGCGUUUUAGUUCACUCUGGAUCGGACGCCGGAUUUGGUCAUUAUUUCUGUUUCUUAAGGUGUUUAGACGCAUGGUAUAGAUUUAAUGAUGAAGAGGUUUCACUAGCUUCUCUUCGAGAAGUUUUUGGGGCAAAUUUUGGUGGAUUUAAACUCAAUUAUUGGGGUUCCGAAGUUCCAAAUACAACCAACGCCUAUAUGUUGAUUUACAUACGAACCUCUGAAAUGAGACAUUUGUUACGACCUAUUGCAGCAGAAGAUGUUCCGUGGCAUGUGGUGCGACAAUUGGAAUGGGAGCAAAGCGAAUAUGAACGACUUUUGAAGGAGCAGGCUGAAGAUCACCUUUACGGAAGGAUUUAUUUUAUACAACCACAUGAUAUUGAGGAGGAGCAUGGGUUUCUAUGGUGUCGUCGACCGCAAGGUAAAGAGUUUCCAUCAAGUAUUACGUUUAGGGUUUUAUUAAGUACUGAGGCUCUACCUGUGUUCCAAUCGUUCGUUGAAAAACAUCUGGACAUUCCUAGUUCUGAACAAUUACUGUGGUAUUCUUCAGCGCGAGAGGAAAAUGGUUGUGUUCGUUUACAUAAGCAAGUUAUUCAAGGUUUGACGGUAGCAGAUGUUUUGUGUGGUGGAAAGGAAAGCUGCGUUUUUGUUGUAACCCCCUCCAAUGCCAAUUAUGUUAUGGUUGACGAGGAUGAGAGGGAUGACACGGUGAAGUACGAGCUGUUUCAUCAUAAACUGUACAUUCCCCUGCAAUUGAAGGUUGUCUUCUUGGGAAGUACAGUUCUGGCACACAAGAGACCAGUGACCUCAGAGGAGGCUAUUCAGCUCAUGGAACCAUUUAUUCGGAAACGUAUAGCAAACAUCCCCCCUGAUAAAAAUAUAAAACCCAAUCAUCAUUUGAGUGAAGGAGGCCGAAGAUGUGUAGAUGACGCCGAGGCAUUGGUUGUGCCUUUGCUUGAGACACCGUUAGGUGCAUUCACACUCAAUUCUGGGAACGUUGCUGAGAAGGAAAAAGAGGGAUUAUCUGUCUUGUGCAAGUACGACUCCAACACCUAUUCUAAAUGCUCAAAGGUUUUGAUCUCUGGAGACAUUUUGGUGUGGCAAGAACCAAUUGCUGUAGAGGACAAAAAAGAUAUUUUUUAUCCUGACAUUGUGAGUUUUCAGCAGUUUCUUCUACGUAGAGUUCCUGUGGAGAUUAAGUUGAAUCUCCCGCCGUCGUAUCCGACACUGAUUGACACCCAGCUAGCAGAAAGCAUGACAUAUGAACAACUUCAGCGAUAUGUAGCGCAUCUUAUUUGUGAUCCACGCAAUUAUGAUCGUAUUCGUUUUACAAUGCACAACCCUACGACGAUGCUGCCUUAUUUUAUGAAGGGUAGAAGAACGGAACGUCCAACCCUUGCAAAGUUGCUAUCACCUCCGGUUGCACGACAAAACGGGUUUACGCGAUACCUUUAUUAUGAGUACUGCAAGUUUACAGUGACGGAGAUAGAGGCAGCACAUUCGCUUCAAUUCAAGUUGUUUAAUGAGCGCGUGAAGCCCAUUAGUCAGCACUGGGUGUUACUUCCACUGGGAAUUUCUAUCACACCGAAAGAACUUUUCACUACGUGUGUUAAGGAGAUUCAGGCAGCGAACUCUAGUUUUAUUGCUUCGUUUCAAACAAAUCCAAUUUUGACGAAAAAGGAGAGGGAAAAAGAAGGGCAACUGAAAGAUGGGCUUGACGCCGAUAUACAGUUUUACAGGAAUCUGGACCCUCAUGACGCGUGGCAAGAGCUCCGGCUCGUAGAUGUUUGGCAGGGAAGAAUCUUCAAUUUAUUUGACAAGCAUCAUCCAUAUACAUUUGAGCGUUCAACCUUUGAAGAGAGCGCGGAGUAUCGUAUUGAGCAAAUACCGAGGCUGAUCGAGGGUAUUCCCCCACAAAAUCAAUCGCUCAUUCAUGUACACCAUUUUACCAUGGAUCGCCAGCGUUCAACUUCUGUUCAAACUCACGGAGAUCCGUUUAGCAUUUACAUUGACCAUGCAGAAUUAGCUCCUGAUCUUUUGCGACGUAUUGCGUAUAAACUAGGGCUUUCUGAAGCAGCCGUGAUGGAUUGGAAAAUGGCGUUAGUACGGGAGAAUUACGUUGUGGAAGUCCAACCUAAUUGCCCAUUAGGAAAGCAGUUAUUUGCAUUUUGCCUUGAGUCGUACUACCAGCCCAACCAGAAGUAUCCGCUCAAGAUGGCAUUCUUGGGCCUUGAACACGCUCCCUUGCUGAAGCGUUCCGCAAAUAAGGAGGGCAAGGUUGUCAUACUUAAUUAA